UAGGUCCGCUCCGCUCCAGUCCGGGUUUAACGUGGUUCCAGGAGGAGGGGCCGGUCACUCUCGGAGACUCGGAGCUGGAGCUGGAGCUGGAGCCCGGGAUGAUCCAGGUCCGGAUCCCGAGCAUCGGCCAAGGGGCGAGCGGGGACUCGGAGAAGGUUCAUACGGUUUUCCGAGUCGAGGUUCUCAACAAUGGGCGCAAACACCUCGUGGAUCGAAGAUACCGAGACUUCCAGGCUCUACAUAAAAAGUUAAAAAAGACAACAAAAACACCAGACUUUCCCUCAAAGAGAGGCCUGAAUCGAAGGCCCAAAGCCCUGGAACAGAAGAGGUCAGGAUUGGAGGCAUAUUUACAGAGUCUUGUGUGUGAAUGCGACAAUUGGACUUUGUCCCGGGAAAUCCUCGACUUCCUGAACAUCAAACACAUCCCGGUCGGAAAGUCGCCUAAUACAGUGAGUGCCUUGGAUCAACUUGACCUGCAGAAUUACAGGUUUUUUUGUCACCAGGUGGUCAGUUUCACAAAGGAUGCCUUUUCUCAACCGAACCCAGCAGGCCUUCUCCCCAAUGUGAUUGUGAUGGGUGUUCUUCAGGGAUUGUACCUCACGGAACCGGAUUCGGAAAUCCACAGUGGAGCAGGCUCUCCAGGAACAAUGAAAUUGCACAUUCCUGGACCUGAAAGCUUUGUCUGAUGGUUCUUUAGGAUUUAUUGUGAUAGUUUUGUGUGUGAAACUCAUUACUGCUAUUAAAUUCAUCACUUCCUUUCUGUAA